AUGGUCUUUAACGGGCCGCAGCAACCAAUGCUGGCAGAGACAAGAGUGCUGCGUGAACUGGCACCUGAUGAAAUACUGGUAAAAAAUAAGUACACCACCAUUUGUGGCAGCGACCUGCAUACGUAUAGCGGUGUGCGCAAAGAAGCUUGUCCUACGGUAUUGGGCCAUGAGAUUGUGGGGACUGUGGAAGCAAUAGGCGGGCAGCAUAGUGGUACAGACUUGUCUGGUCAGCCACUGCGUAUCGGGGACCUUGUUACCUGGUCUGUUUUUUCCAGUAAUCCCUGUUCGCCAGGUGCAAGGCAAGGGAUGCCGCAGAAAGGUGCAGACCUGUUUAAGUAUGGUCAUGCGCUGAUAGCUGGUGAUGAUGCUUUUCAUGGCGGGCUGGCAGAAUAUUGCAUACUGAGAAAGGGAACUGCUAUACUACGUUUGCCGGAAGAGUUGCCAUUGCCGGUGGCCGCAACCAUCAACUGCGCCAUUGCCACAACAGCCGGUGCGCUUCGCCUGGCCGGGAGCAUAGCCGGUAAGACGGUACUUGUAACAGGCAUGGGGCUUCUGGGCCUUACCGCCGUUGCUAUGUGCCGGGAAGCCGGUGCCUUAAAGAUUAAAGUAAGUUUUGCCGCUGGUGCCGGUGGUACCGUUGGCAAUAACCGUUUCGAUAAUUUUACCCUGGAUGCCAGUCCGCUGGCGGUACAGGCCCUGGUGCACUACUGGAAUUUUAAUAGCAACACAACUGUUAGCAGCCUGUUGGCGCCAAGCCAUUCUGUAGUAACGGGGGCCGCGAUCACAGCCGUUGCCGGAGGUAUCAGCGCCAUUGAUGCUGCGGGUGGUACCGGUCAGAACUUUAAUGUCAGUAACCUGAAUGCCCGUAACGGAGAUCUGCCGGGUACCCAUUUGCGUUUCAAUGAUCCGAUCGGUGGUGCCCUGGUUUUCUCCCUGCCUACUACCGGUUAUAAAGAUGUGACGGUUAAGUUCACCACACGCCGUUCCGGUUCCGGAGCCGGCUUACAAUACUGGUCUUAUACUACGGACGGGACAACCUAUGUGCCUUAUGAUACGAUCCGGCCGAUAGAUGGUGACCCUGUGCUGCAAACACUAGAUCUGACUGCUAUUACAGCUGCCAAUAAUAAUGCCAAUCUGAAACUCCGGCCCGGCCAACCAGGCUCAGAACGUAGCCAUCGCUAUUCGCCCGACCAUUACAUUUAA